AUGGUGCUAGUACUCUCUCUCAUGAACCAAACACACGGAGACAGUAAUGUAAGUGGACUUGGAAGCAAAGGCUGUGAUUUAUUCCAAGGGAGUUGGGUGUAUGAUGAUUCUUAUCCUCUCUACGACCUAACAAAUUGUCCGUUCGUAGAGAAGGAGUUCGAUUGCCAAGGGAACGGUCGACCAGACAAAGACUACCUAAAAUACAGGUGGCAGCCCACUGGAUGCGAUUUGCCAAGGUUUGACGGUAGAGAUUUCUUGAUGAGUUUAAGAGGAAAACGAAUUAUGUUUGUAGGAGAUUCCUUGAGUCUCAACCAAUGGCAGUCACUCACCUGUAUGCUUCACACAGCAGUACCCCAGGCUCAGCACAUCGACACUAGGGUUGCCGGCCUCUCCAGCUUCACAUUCCCGAUUUACAAUGUUUCAAUCAUGUUCUACCGCAACGUAUUUCUGGUUGACAUUGUACAAGAAAAUGGGAAAAGGGUUCUGAAACUUGACUCGAUGGAGAGCAGCGAAAUGUGGAAAGGAGUUGAUGCAUUGAUCUUCGAUACAUGGCAUUGGUGGCUUCACACAGGGAGGAAACAACCAUGGGAUUUGAUUGAGGAAGGGAACGUAAAAUAUAAAGACAUGAAUCGCUUGGUUGCCUUUGAGAAAGCAUUGAGAACAUGGGCCAAAUUGAUAGACAUCUUGGUGGAUCCUGCAAAAACCAAAGUCUUCUUCCAGGGCGUUUCCCCUGAUCAUGCCAAUGCAAGUGACUGGGGUGAGCCGAAUGUGAAGAACUGUGUGGGGCAAAAGCAGCCGCUGCACGGCCCAAAGUAUCCGGGACGUCCACAUCCAGCAGAAGUGGUACAAAAGGAAGUGUUGCAUAGCAUGUCGAACCCGGUGUAUCUACUCGACAUAACAACUCUUUCACAGCUGAGAAAAGAUGGGCACCCCUCUAUUUAUGGUCGUGGAGGGCACAACGACAUGGACUGCAGCCACUGGUGUCUAGCUGGUGUUCCGGAUACCUGGAAUCAACUUUUAUCUGCAGCUCUCUUUCAUAACGAUUAA